AGCCAAGGGCUACCGGGUAGUGCUGCUCGGCAGCAUGGACGUGGGCAAGACCGCGCUGGCCACACAGUUCGCGUGCGGCCGCUUCCCCGAGCGCUGCGAGUCGUCGGUGGAAGAGCUGUUCAGCAAGGUGAUCGAGGUGAACGCGGCGCCCGCGCUUCUGGAGAUCGUGGACACCGUGGGCGCGGACCACCUGGUCACCCUCAAGGACCUAUACAUCAGGAACAGCGACGGCUUCGUGGUGCUCUACAGCGUGUGCAGCGAGGCCUCCUUCGAGGCGGUGCGGCCGCUGCGCGAGCGCAUGGGCCGGCUGCGGGGGCCCAAGGCCGUGCCUCUGGUGCUGGUGGGCACCAAGGCCGACCUGGACGCCGAGCGCCAGGUGCUGACGGCGCAGGGCCGCGCGCUGGCCCGCGAGUGGCGCUGCCCGUUCCUGGAGGUCACGGCCAAGAGCAAGAUGAUGGUGGACCGCGUGUUCACGCAGGUGGUGCGCGAGAUGGAGGCCCUGGCCCCGCCGGAGGAGGCGCCCCGCGUCCCGGUCAACGCCCAUAAUACGUGGCCGUCCGAGAGGUUCAUCGGCUAGUGUGCCGCGGUGAUCUUCCGCGUCGGUCGCGCUUCGUGACUUCUGAAGCUCAGUGUCGGUGCUCAGUGCCUUUUAAAAGAAAGCUCCCACGCCUAGACAAGUGUGUGCUUCUGCAUACCAGCUCAGACGGCGCUCAGGCCGCCUGCCUGCCCAACCCUGGCCCAAACUGUGCCACUUUGUUUACCUCUGACUGCGCUACAAGAAGAAACCAAAAAAAGCUCAUUUCCCCCAGUGUGGAGACAAUACCCUUCUUUUCUUUCAUUGGAAUUUGUUAUGGACUUGUGUGGUUGUGAUUAGCACCCGGUUGAUGUUUGCUUUGAUUGAGGACGGCCACCUGAACUUUUACGUGUGUGCCCGUUGCAGGAGGUUUUCUCGUGUUUCCUUCUCCUUCACAGCCUGGAAUUGCAGCAGUAAGAUUUUCCUCGGCGUUAUUCUAAAUAUAGUUAUGACAUACACAACGUUGGUUUGAAAGGAGAUAUUGUUGGAGGGGGACAACUGCCCACACAAAGAGCUCAGAGCUGCCUGUUUGUAACUGGCAUCUAAUCGAUUUCUGCCACUGUAAAUUGGAAAUAAAAAAAAAAAUGGCUUUAGAAAUUGA